AUGGAGCAGAUGGAGUUGGCGGUGGAGCACGACGACGGCGUUGCGUGCCUCCCGAGCGCGGACGUCGUCGGGGGCGAGGCCUGCUUCAUCACAGGAUGGGGCACCCUCUCCUUCGGCGGUUCGCAGCCGGACCUGCUGCAGGAGGCGCAGGUGCGCAUCACCAGCAACGCGGAGUGCAGCGCCGCUUACGGUGACGGCAAAAUCACUGAUGGCAUGGUGUGCGCGCAGGGUAUCAACGAUGCUGGCGAGGUCACAGACGCUUGCCAGGGCGACAGCGGUGGACCUCUCGUGUGCGCAACUGAUGGGGACGCCUAUGUAUUGCACGGGGCGACCUCGUGGGGCGACGGCUGCGCUGACGCCAGGUAUCCAGGAGUGUGGGCUCGGGUGAACCAUGUGCGUGCUUGGAUUGACGAGCUGAUGGGAUUCACUAUAUCACCGACCCCAGCGCCGCCGCCGACGCCAGGUCCUCCUCCAACACCUGCCCCACAUCCAACUCCUGCGCCACAGCACAUGUGGGCCAACGUCCUCGGGCAGUGUACCCUGGACGGCACCUGCGUGCAGAGCCUGAACUACCCGCAGGAUUAUGGCACAGAUCAGAGUUGUACUGUAGAGAUCGAUGAGUUGCGGGCAGCACCCAUCGUGGCUGUGGGCUUUGAGACCGAGCAGUAUUUCGACACCGUGACAGUGAACGGACAGGCUUAUUCUGGGACGUCAGGGCCCAGCGGCGUUACCCCGACAACGGACUUGCUUUGGUCGUCAGAUUUCAUUGUCGGAAAUAUCGGAUGGAGACUGUGCAUGCCAGCGUUAACACCUGCACCGCCACCAGCACCAGCUCCAGAGCACAUGUGGGCAAGCAUGUUCGGCCCCUGCGAGCUGAACGGCUUUUGCGUGCAGAGCCCGAAUUACCCGAAUAAUUACAGCGCGCAGCAGGCGUGCACCAUAGACAUCCACUUACAGGUGGCAGCGCCCAUCAUGGUGGAGAGUUUCUACACAGAGUUAUUUUCUGACAUACUCACCGUGAGCGGAGUAGAGUACUCUGGAAAUGUAGGGCCCAGCGGCAUCACCCCAACAGCUGCAAUCGUGUGGACGUCCGAUUCGUCUGUUGAAAUGAGUGGUUGGAAGUUGUGCAUGGUUGAAUCUCCAGUAACGCAUAUUCCACCGACCACGUCGACCAUGACCACAAUCUCGCAGACAGCCACCUUGACGUCGACUCGGACAAGCACUACUACGCUGCUAUACACUGUGAGCAGCUCAAUGGAGUUCGAAUGCUCAGGCACCCUGGAAAAGGUGGUAUCUGCGGCGACGGCGCACCUCCUGGACACGUAUUAUCGAAUGAGGAACAGUUGA